GCCCCACUGACCCCCCAAAUCCGGCCGCCUGCCCCAUCCCAGGAAUCUUGGACUAGCUGCUCCCGGUGUGUGGAAGGACCCAUUGCCCUGCCGUCUAAGAGGAGUCCUGAAUAGGAGUCAUGGAGGCAGUUUCUGCACUAAAGACCAUCGAGGACAAGAGGCGGGAACUCAUCGACAGUCUCAGCGAAGCCAAUAUCCAGGGAAUCGCCGACCACCUGCUGCAGGAGAAGAUCUUGAACGGGGAAGAGAUGGGCCACCUGGUUUCGGAGAAGACCUCGGCCAACAGAGCCCGCUACUUCCUCCGGGAGCUGUGUCACAAAGGGGAGAAAGUCUGCACGCGCUUCCUGGAACUCCUGAAGGACAACGACCCAUACAAAUACGACACCCUAUUCCCCAAAGGGAGCGGAAGUCUACAGUCCGAGGACCAGCCGGAUGAGCCCCCGUUGCUGAAUCUCGGAGGGUGCAGCCUGUCGGACCUGGAGCGGUGCGCCGGCCAGAACGAGGAGCAACUGAUCCGCCGGCUGGAACAGCAGCUGGAGCCCGAGGCCCUGGCCGGCCUGCGGAAAGACCUGCCCCGACGGAGGCUCAAGGCCCAGCUGGCCUUUUCCCCGGCCCAGUUUUACAGGUUGUACACCAACAAGGAGCUGGAGGGCUACCUUCACACUGUCCACGGGGGCCAGAGAGCCAAACACGUCCCAAAGGUAGUCCAGGAGCUGCUGUUCGGCAAGGGGGGCCCUGCGGCCCAAGAGGAGGAGGAGGAGGACAGAGAGGAGGAGGAGAAGGAGGCGACCAAAGAGGCCGGGGCAGCCGGUGACCGUGGAUCCCGCGAUCAGAAACCGCCUCCUCGUAGAGACCCCAAGUCCUCCAGAAACUUAGCGUCCGACGUGGAGAAAUGGCGCCGGCGGGAGGAAGCCGAGGUCCCCGGGGAGACGGUCCGCUUGGACUUCCUCAACCUGAGAGAACACGGGCGGUGGAAGUGCCUGCUGGCUCGGGGGCUGAUUUGCUGUCGAGCCCCCGGCGGGAAAGAGAGCUUCCUUCUCGUAAUCCCCCCGAGCAGCCAGGAGAAGAAGUUGUUUCCGUCGGGCGCCCUCUCCAAGUACUCUCGGUUCGAGCUGCAGUUCCAGAUGGGCGUCGUGGGCGACGUGGACCACUGCCGCGUCUUCUCGGGCGACGGCGGGCUCAACCUGACCGUCCAGUACGAAGCGGAGAUGUUCCGACUCUACGAGAAGCAUCUGCUGGAGACGGUGGAACGGGUCCUCCUGCCGCUUCUGGCCCAGUACCGGAAAUUGCAGAGGGAAGUUCUGCUGGGUUGCCCUUGACGGGCAGUCGUAUUUAUCGGGUGCUAACUGUGGGCCGAGCACUGUACUAAACCCUUAG